AUUUUGUGAUGCCCGAUCCCGGGCCACAUGUGAAAUAAUGACGAAUAUAUGUCAUGAGAAAACCGGAGGAACAUAUCAGAUUUGACACGCUGUGCUACUGUUGCAUUCACAGGCGGUGGGGACAGGGAAAACGGCGCGCCCAAGCAAGACACACAGACCUGAGGACAAGGCCUGGACAAGCCCGACAAGGGGGGAAAAGAAAGGGCCCACGGCGCGGCCAAACAUGGACACACAGAGCCCGAGAAGGUGGAGGAGUUUGUGAUGGAUGGCCCCGAGAUUCCUUCGGAAACGGAGACGGAUUUCAGUGGCCUGGGAGAGGCAAAUGACCAACUCCCGCAACUCGGCCGCGCACAGUUCCGGCUGGAAGAAUUGAUGGAAGCACACACCAAUAGGGCUAUGGGGAUUAUGGGAUCCUUUGUUCUGGCCUUUAGCCAGAUCAGUGUCAUCCCUGAAGACUUUCUCUUGUUGGCUUCCUGGCUCACUUUGACCUACCCCUUAGAGAUCCACUGGCACACCUGCGUGACACCAACGCAGAGAUGGACUCCUGCACCCGACCAGUCGGGUGGGUCUUCGGGCGGCAACUGCGACAACAUCCAGGGCAGUCAGGAUCAAGUCAUGACGGUCUACCAUCAGACGGGCUGUGACAUAGGGCCUUUGAUUCUGAAGGAAGGCUUUCACUUGGGCAAAGUGGGCUGGUGUGGUGGAGGCGUCUACUUCGCCAUGAGCCCUAAGGCCACCGUGACCAAAGCGCCCUUCGGCGGAGUCGCCUGGGAAACCGACCGAAGCACCUCAAUGCCGGCUCAGUCCAUGGGCAAGGCACGCGAGGGCGGCAGGUCUUCCUAUGACGGUGAGGAUGGCGAUGAGCUGAUCGUUUACUGCGCCUCCCAGGCACAGCCGGCGAAAGUGGUUCAGUGGUUCCAGAACUGUCCAGGUAGCGAAAGUGUGAUUUUUUGCUUGGACAAUCCGGAGUGGAUUCCGAAAGACGGUGGGUUCGAGGAUACUGGCCGCUGGGUGACACGGGUGGAUGGAACUCAGAGAAAACGCGAGGUUUGGACGUGCUACCGGAAAUCCAGCCGCUGGCUGAAGGGAGAGGCCCUCCGGAAACUGGAGCGGAACUUCACAGCGACGAGCACGCCUGUGCGAUUCCCGCCGUGCUCGGUGCGCGGAGAGUGCGUUUGCGUGAUGGCGGAGAUCAUGGAGAUGAAGGUCAGCACCAAGAAGGAUUUGGGCUUCUUCCUCCGCGCUGCGCGCGUCUUUCUUCAGGGCGCUGAUGCCAAGGAGGACCUGCCGGCUAGAAAGCCAGUGGAUGAGCUCCAGGUCUCGGGCCUCGGAGAAGCCAUCAAGGUGGCCGUGAACCUGUCAACUCGCUUGGAAGACGAAGGGAUUGCCAAUAUCGAAUCCGUCUCAACCCACUACAAAGAGGUGGACAGCUACGGCGCUGCCCCGCAGAUCCUCAUCCGGCUCAGGCGCCGCAUUGUCCCGGUGGACCUGCAAGCGCCCGUAGGUGGAUUGUCCCUGGUGACUUGGAAUUUGGCGGCCAUCAACAACAAUCCGUUUGAGUUUUGGAUUAGCCACUCCGAUGAAGCCUAUGCAAAGCUCAUGGACCAGGUUGAGGCCUUUAUCGAUGAUCCCAAGGAGAAAGAUGUGCCCGUGGCCUCCGUCUUCACUGAAGAUCUCUUUAAGGAGCUCCAGGAGCAGAUGAAGGCUUUGGAGUGGCAGGGACUUGAGAAGGUGGAAGAGAUUUGGCGCAGCGACCUGCAGCAGCGCAAGAUCAUCUCCGGGGUCCUCAAGGAUAAAGACCUUGGAGCUAAACGCCUCAUGUCCAUGCCAGAUCGCUUUACCAACACCGUAAACUUGGCCUCAGGCACAAUGGCCUUCAGACCGACGGUGAUCAACCAUAGCUCCAACAAGUUAGCCUCGGUGGCUGAAUGGUGGCCCCAGUGGCGAGACUUUAUGUUUAAGGAGGAGCUUGAGUUGAAGACUGGCAAGAACGGAGACACAAAGAGGAUCCGGCCUUGCCAGAUGUUAACCACCAUCAAGAAGGCCAAAUACCCGGCCAUCACAGACGAGGAAGAGGCCGUGUCCAUCCCUUUGCAAUGUCUUUGCUUGGCGAUCUUCGAUGCCGUACUGGUGCACAUGCUCCAGGUGCUUUCUCCUGAUGGUCACUGGCAAGACAUCAAGUCCUCCAUUUGUGAGGCGACCUUUAGAAAGAAGAACCAACUGACCUGCAGGAUACUCGAAAGUUAUAGUGCAGCCUCUGUGAUUUGCCUCCAAGAAGCUUCGGCUGCCUUCCUGUACCGGCUCCGGCACAGCCACAUGGCACUCACCCACCAUGUGGUGGCGCCCAGCAAGAUAGAUGAGCAGCGGGAUCAAAAUUCUGCUAUCCUAUUGCGAAAGGAUGCAUUUCCCGAUGGCUCUGAAGAGGAACUCACAGAUGAGGUGAUUGGCGCCCUGCAGGGCACUGCCCUUGAGGCGGGUGACCUCAUCGCGCUCCGCGCGUGCCAUGCGCCCUCGGGGCAGAGUUUUCUCAUUGCCUCCUUCCAUGGAGACACCAAUGGCCAGGCCACGGCGCCGUUGCUCAGGGCGUUGAAGCAAGUGGCCAAGGGAGAGAUGCUGGUUGGAAUGGAUGCAAAUACCUACCUUCACGGGAGCUCCACCUUCUAUGGUGUCAAGGAGUUCUUGGAUGAGUGCAAAGGUUUGGGCUAUCGAAGUUGCUUCGAGGGAGACAUGGCCAAGUGCUUGACCACGUGCAAUGCUCGGACCUUCUUGCAGCCGCAGUUGAACAAGGCCUGCCGUAGCAGUAUGAAGCUGGAGAAGGGGGAUGUGAACCCUAAGGAUCACAUCAUUUUUGCGCUCGCGAGCUUCGAAGUACUGCAGACGGUGAAGGACAACACUGGCAAGGGGGAGUACAUCGAGGGCGCGUGUUUCCCAUCGCUGAGUUUCCCAUCCGAUCAUGGGCUGGUCUCGGUGGUUCUAAAGCCCAAGAGCUGA